AGCAGCUGCUGACUCCUCAGCAGGAUCAGACUCAGGAUGGGAGUUCAAGGUCUGGCUUCUUUGAUCAAGAAUCACCGGACCAUCUACCGGGACGUCCGGUUCAGGAAGAGCCGGCUGGUGAUCGACGGCUGCAACCUGAUCUACCUGCUGUACUUCAACUCAGGUCUGGACCAGAAUCGCGGCGGGGAUUACGCUGCGUUUGAGGACCUCAUUGAGAAGUUCAUCAAAGCCCUCAGAGAUUGCGAGGUUACACCGUACGUGGUGCUGGAUGGAGGCGCCGACUACACCGGCAAGAAGCUGGAAACUCUGACACUCAGAGCCAAGGGUCGGAUUGCGAGAGCCCAUCAAGCGGCGGUAGGAGACACAAAGGAGGAUAUCCUGCCACAGCUGGUGAAGCUGACGUUCAAACAGACGCUGGCCCGGCUGGAGGUCCCGGUGGCUCAGUGCUAUGGAGAGGCCGACCAGGAGAUUGCCGCCCUGGCCAAAGAGUGGCAGUGCCCGGUGCUUUCCAAUGACAGUGACUUCUACAUCUUUGACCUCCCGGCGGGGCUGCUGCCCAUCUCUUAUUUCCAGUGGGAGGCUGUGGUGCAGAGCGGCUCGCAGAGCUACAUCCCCUGUAAGAACUACAACGCCUCCAGCUUCUGCAUCGUCUUCAACAUCCAGCGCCAGCUCCUGCCCACCUUCGCUGCCUUGGCUGGGAACGACUACGUGAAGCUGGAGAGGAUGGACUCGCCCGUCCAUUGGACUCAGUUCUGCCCGGCGAGCAGCGAGACGCCAACCUGCCUGGAGGGUCUGCUCUGCUGGCUGCGGGACUUCCACCAGACUCAGGAGGCUUUUGAGGCAGCGCUGGGGCUGAUGGGAGAGCUGAGCACAAAGAGAAAAGCGGGGGUGCUGGAGGGCUUGUAUCUGGGCAUGGAGGAGUACAAGCUCCCUCCCAGCUCCCUGAAGAGGUUCUUCACCCACGGGACGCCACCUCCGCUCCCAGCAGCAGAACAAGUGGCAGGUCUUGUCCCAGACUGGGCCCGGUUACCGCUGACGCAGGCCCGGCUGACUUCAGACGUCUUGGACGUGCUGCUGCUGCAGAAGAUGGACCUCAGCUUUGCUGUGGACCACGGCAAAAUGCCCAGCAUUCACCUGACCUCCAGGCCGCUCCGCCAGGUGAUGUACGGGCUGCUGCUGGGCAAAGGGAAGCAGCUUCAGGUGCAGGAGAGAGACAGAGACGGCCUCCAGCUGAAAGUCAUCCCAGUCCAACCUGCCUUCAGAGGGAUCACAGGACGGCUGUUACUCAGUUCACUGGAUAAGGCGGAGCCCUCUCAGCGUCUGCAGGUGUUACUGGAGGCUCUGGGGGCGACCGAGGCCUCUCUGAGCCGUCUGCCGCCUCAGCUGCGCCUCCCGGUGGCCGUCACCUGCUACUGGCUGCAGAGAGCUCAGCCUCAUCCAGAUGUGAGUCUGUUGAAGGCGCUGCUGCUGGGAAUAAGUAACGGAGAGGGCCUGAGACAAAGAGCAGCUUUGAUUCAGAGUGAACACUGUAAACAGAAGCUGGAUGUGAGGGUGGUCCACGCCUUCAACCAGUGGCAGGCCUGCCUCAAGGACAGCCUCCACCUGAACCAGCUGCUGGGCUUCCCGUUACCUGAACCACAGAUCGCACGGUUGUAUGAGGGGACGUUGGUCCACCAUCUGGUCCACUGCAUGAGGACAAGAAAAUUAAAGCACUUACUGAAAUAUAAUCACUCAAGUAUGAAACAGUACAAAACCAUGCUGGCUGUCAUCCACCAGUUUCGCGCUCGAGAGGCGCCGACGCCGUCCAAGACCCAGGAGAGGUCGACGGCUCGACAGCGGCAGUCGCUGUACGACCUGACCGUGAACCUGCAGCAGCUGUACGGAGUCAGCGACGAGGAGGUUGCGACUGAAGUCAGAAGUGCAGUCAAAGCACUGGAGGAUAUACAUCUGGAGGAUUUGGUGUUGUUGAGAACUCGAUACAAAGCUAAAGAGAGAAACAACCGGAGCAAAAACCCUGAACUGGCCCGCAAAGAGGAGUGCAGGGGCGUGGACCUCCUCUGAUCUCAGCCCACAAGCUCAGCGUCCGAUCUACUUCAGUCCUGGUUCAGAAGCAAACUGGUGGUGCUGUUGAAAAAUAAUUUGUAAUUAAUCAUGAUUUCAUUAGACACAUACAUGGACUUAUCCCUUUAAAGCUGCAUUCAUUAUUUAUUUAGGGGCAGUUAAACAAGCUUUGAAUACAAUCACAGUUAGUGUCAAAUUAUUGGACUUAAAUAAACGUGUGAAAUAAACUUGAUAUUAAUUAUAACAUUAUUGUUAGUAUUAUAUUAAUCAAAUAGACAGUACAGACCUCUGCCCUGUAUCUACAGUGCUCACAUUUGCCCUGUAUCUUCAGCACUGACUUCUGCCCUGUAUCUACAGCAUUGACCUCUGCCCUGUAUCCGAGUGCCCCAUAAAGCCAUUUAAGCUAAGAUUGCCCUUAACUUUCCCUGUAAGUAGUUUUUACUGUACAGAUUGAAUUGUGGUAUUGCUACUUUUAUGUAUGUGAGUAAAGUAUCUGAAUAUUUUGAAUAUUUUCCACCACUGCUGAAUUUGGACGGAGAAACACUGAGCGUAUAUCAGGGUUUUUGCCUUAAAACACAUUUAAAACCUUUCAUGCUUCAUUUGUGCACAAAAACAUUGUUCAAUAAGGGAAAAAUAGUUUUAAAAUGUCUGAUUUAUUGUUUAUUCUCUGCUUGUUGAAGAGUGCUUACAUUUUCUUUCCUCCGUUGAUCUGAUGAGUUCAGUGUAUUAAGAUUUUUUCAGUCUUUUAUAAAAUGUUUUAAUUCUUGCUGAUUGAAUUUGUUUUACUUCUCCGGUACUGAGAGUUGAAUGUUUUAACUGGGAAAACACAAAUGUCACAACAUGAGGAAAACUAUUUUCUGCACUUUGUAAGAUUGUUUUGAAGUUUAUUAUUAUUUAAUUAUCAUGUUUUUGUAAUUGAGGAUGUGAAUAAACUCUGCUACUCAAA